UCUACUACAAGAUAAAUGGGUCGUGUCAUUCGUGCCCAGAGAAAGGGUGCAGGGUCAGUGUUCGUAUCCCACACUAAGCACAGGAAGGGGAAGCCCGCGCUAAGAGCCGUCGACUUCGCUGAGAGGAAUGGAUAUAUUAAGGGAGUCAUAAAAGAUAUCAUCCACGACCCUGGCCGUGGAGCUCCCCUGGCUGUAGCCUACUUCAGGGAUCCCUACAGAUACAAGAUCAAGAAGGAGCUCUUCGUCGCCGCCGAGGGUAUGUACACCGGCCAAUUCGUCUACUGUGGACGCAAGGCCCAACUGACCAUCGGCAACGUUAUGCCUGUCGGCAACAUGCCAGAGGGAACCAUCGUGUGCAACCUCGAGGAGAAGACUGGAGACAGAGGCAAGGUUGCUCGUGCAUCUGGAAACUACGCAACUGUUAUUGCACAUAACAGAGAUACAAACCGUACCAGAGUGAAGCUCCCCUCCGGUUGUAAGAAGAUUAUCCCCUCCGCUAACCGUGCGAUGGUCGGUAUUGUUGCUGGAGGAGGUAGGAUUGACAAACCUAUGCUCAAGGCUGGUAGAGCAUACCACAAGUACAAGGCCAAGAGGAACUGCUGGCCCAAGGUUCGUGGUGUUGCUAUGAACCCUGUUGAGCAUCCCCAUGGAGGAGGUAAUCACCAGCAUAUUGGUAAAGCUUCUACUGUUACCCGAGGUGCUUCUGCUGGUAAGAAGGUCGGUCUGAUCGCUGCCCGUAGAACUGGUAGAAUUAGGGGAGGAAAGACCACCGAUAAGGAUUAAUUGUAUCGUUCUAAUGUGUGUGGAAAUAAAUCACUUUCUCGCUCUUA